GUGACGAGCUCCAGCGUAUCACUUUACACACCAACAAACAUGGCGGGCUGCAUUCCACAGACGAUUGUAAAGUUUCAGUUACAUUUACAAGCGAUUGGAUCCCUUAGUACACAAGACUUCCUCUCGAAUCUCAUCAUUUUCAGCCCUUAUGGUAAAUGAAGAGAGAAACGCAAGGGAUAAACAGCCAGCGAAACCUUUGCCAAACUGGUUAAUUUUACGAGUAUUGCUCAUUUUUGAACGUGCCAUAUUUUGGUUUCUAUAUUCAUUCACCAUGAUGGAAAACGACGAGGUCUUCGUCAACAACCGACACAAACCAAGAAGUCCGAACUCUCCAAAGAGCCCUAAGGAAUUUAGAACGCUUAUGAACUCAGAUCAUAAAGACAGAACUAGAGCAACUUCUGUACCCCAUAUGUCUGCUGUACCCGCAAAACAUUCACCGAGCUCUUUCAACCCCGUCAAAGACUUUAUUGCAAAUUUCGUCAACUUUAAAGGACCGAAGAAACGUGCUUCAAUAAAACGCUCUGUCACAACAGAGAACGUGACCGAUGAAAAAGCUCCUGUUAGACAUGUUGGAAGGGGACAUUCAUUUUUACCCUGUCAUUUACGAAAUCCUACCUGGUGUGAUUGUUGUGGUGAAUUUAUUUGGGGACUAUUCAAGCAAUGUGUACGCUGCAAAAGUGAGUGAAACGGGCUUGUUUUUUUGUAAUUUUGGACGCUUAAUUAACAGGCUUAUAUCUGUCUAUCUGUUUAAAACUCUGAUUAGAAGGGCUAGAUUUAACUUGUCUCGUACAAACCGGUAGUAGCUCUGUGUUUUUUGGAGAGUUUUGUUUUCAGAAUCGAGAAUAAUUUCACGGUUUUUGAAGACGUGGCUAUUAUCAGGGGAGUGAAAUAAAAGCUUGAGCCUAAUAUCACUUGGUAUUCAUAUUCCCAUUUUUAUAAGUCCAGUAUUUAAAUUGUGGGAUCAAAAGUCACACCUCCAGUUGAUCAAAAGAGAUAUAUCUACAGGAAAUGCAAUUCUCAAGCUUUUAACAUUAUGAUUACCUGUUUAAAUUGUCUGAAUUUUCUUAAAUCUGGCCUCAGAGUUGGGAAAAAUAUAAUAUUUUUUUACCACUCAGAAUUGUUACUCAAUAUUCUCAUGUUUUUACCGUUUGCUUUUUAUUUCAGUUUAUUUUUAGAAAAUGUUAUUUAUUAUAGGACCAGCAUACAGUGUAGCUCUCCAGCAACCAUGAUUUUACUUCAAUUUAAUAUCCAACUUGUUUAAUUAUUAAUGAAUGGAAUGCGACUGAUUCUCUGAAGUCUCAGCAGCAAAUAUGGGCUUCAAUUACAUAAGGACAAACAAUAUUACUCUCCAGAUUGCCUGUGUACUCUCUAAGAAUUGUUUUCUUAAAGAAUACAUGUAAUCCAGGUUGUGAUGAAGUUAGAGUCACAAGCAAAACUGAAAGAAUAACCAAGAAAAUGUUCCAUUCUAGACACUGGGCAAUCUAGAUUAGAAUCAUACGAAGUGAAAAUGUUUGUGAUUCUUUCGUCUUGUUGAUGUGAUUUGCCUUGGGUGUUAUUUGUUUAAUAGACCUAUUCAGCUAACUCAGUGUUGUACCCAAUUCAUACCCUUUGGGAAUAAAACGUUUUGUUUCAGGAAUUUUUAUAUCAUUUAAAUGAGAAUACCAUAUUAUAAUGCAAAUACAAGACACAGAGAAUUUUAACCCCGAGAGAUUUGAAUUGGGUACAACAUUGAGUUAGCCGAAUAGGUGUAUUAAACAUUUUAUAUUUUCACUACUCCUAGAUUGUAGAUGCUCUUAUAAGAGUAUGAUUAUAAAGACCUAUUUUCUUACUAUGCUGGAUAGCUCUUGCACUGGACAGCAUGCAAAAACCUAGACUGCGAGCAGGCGCUGAAAAAUUUUACUUUUUUUAAAUCCGGUAAGAUUGCCUUGAAUUCCUUUCCCUUAAGUGAUUACCGCCAGGUUCGUAAUUGUUCGCAGUUAGUUGUGACGCGUGACUAUUUUUAUUGCUUGUAUCUCCACCACGGACCAGUCAGUGAUCUGUUGACAGCUGUAAAAUUGACCAAUCGGUUACUCCUUUUCUGGGCUGACGGAGGGUUUGUUUACUAUAAAAGAGUCCGCAGUCCAUCUUUUCUCGUCUGGUCCUAAUCCCUUAUUGUAACGUAACGUCGUGGUUUGCAAUCGCACUGGCUGAGAUAAGAACUAGAUGGAUUUUAGAGAAAAGGCGGACUGCAAGCAGUUUAGCAAAACCACACUGGAUAGGGCUUCUGUUUGGAUAUUAAAACAAUGAUUUUGGCGUGAUUUCUGAAACAGAGCAAAAUUGUAGGGCAUUAGAGCAUUACAUAUCAGAUACUGGUAGGUUCUGUGCGACAGUUUGCGGCAGUCUAGCUGAACACUCAGGUAUUUGGACCGUACACUGUAGCCAAAGUGAAUAAAAUUAGUAGGAACAAGCACUGGAAUUCACUGGGAUGGAAAUAAAUUCUAAGGAGUGAGGACUGGGCUUGAAUUAAGCUCACCAAACCUUCUUGGGUAACUGCUCUGGCACGAUGUUGGAUGUGUCUGUGCCAUUGCUGUCCCCAGCAGGUACAAAAUGCAUGUCACAGGUCACUUGUGGAGGAUAAACUACAGGCCCCAGUUGUUUAAAAGGUGGAUAACAGUUAUCCAUUAUCCAUUAUCCAGUGGAUAACGCAAUUGGUUUCCCAAUUACUUAUCAACUCUCGCUCUGCAUGAAAAGCUAUCGGGGGUUAUUAAUGUGAACAACUUGGCCUGAAUCUUUGGCUACUGCCAUUAACAAAAGCCUACAAAUGUAUGAUUGUACACUGUACAUUAGUCACUAUUAUUGUGAUUGUUAAAAUUAAUGUAAAUUGUGACCUCUCCCACAAAAACGUUCCUUAGGAAUGAACAAAUGGCAAGCGAACGCACGGCAAGCGUAUUGAAGAGAAACAGAGAGCCAAGCAGUUCAAAACAAAUUUAAACCAGAAAAAAAAUUGAACUACAACAGAUACACGGCUGACUGCUGAUGGAAAUUUUUGAAUGGAUGCAAUCAAAUGAUGUAAAACCAUCCAAUGCGAAGGGAUGCAAAUUUUUUUUUGCUUGGAUAGCCCAGGCCGUUCGAACGAUUGGGCCGCCCGAUUCGUUCGAAUGGCUAAUGCAUGGCAUACAAAUGGCUCUCCAUUGGAAACCGCAAACCACAAGGAACGUUUUUGCACGAGAGGUCACAAUUUUAUUUUUGUUGUAUUCUUUCCUGUUACCUUUAAAUCCUGCUGACAUUGUUGUUUGGAUAAAAAUCUGCCUGUUUUCAAGUGUCCUGAUUAUUAUUUUUUUGCCUUCCAGACUGUAAGUACACUUGCCACAAGAGGUGUCAAGAACUGGUUGAUUUGGAUUGCACAGGGGGCUGGCAGUUGGGAAGAAUGAACUCUGUUGAUGAAAUGACAAUGAAAACUCUUCAUCUUAUAGACCAGGUAAUGUGUGACUGUAGAUUCACUGUCCUUAGAAAUAAUAAUGUCAGUGCAUUAAAGAAAGGAUUCAAACUGGUCUUUUGUCGAAAAAAUCUGAAAAUUAUGAACUUAGCCAAAAUAAUUUUGCAUGGAGUUCUCAAUUGAUGGGAUAUUAAGCAUGCCAAAUAAAAGAAAGAGAAAGAUUGUGAGUGCAAUUUGUCACACGUGAUAUUAAUAGGUAAUAAAUAAUUUAUUGGUAUACUCACUUGCAUUAAUAUAAAGGCAAGGAAAAGUAUUAGACAAAACACAUCAAGGCUGUGCUCUUAGGAGAAUUCAAGGGUGCCCAGAGUUCUGAACCUGUAAAAUCUAGGGUGCCCGGCCUAUGAUUUGUGUGAAAAAUCUGAGAUUUUCUAGUCGCCCAGGAGCAAAAGUUGGGCACCAGGGGCCACCAGGCUCUGCUAGAGUACAGCCCUGCACAUGUGAAAUUAUUACAGUCAAAGCUCUCAUAAGCGACCACCUUGGAAAUUUGAGAAAGUGGUUGUAACUAAUAUAGAGCUGGUGGCUUAUGAUAAUGAGCUCUCUUAACGUUUCAAGAAGUUAAUGCAAAUUUUUGAAAUUCACGUUAAUUUCCUGAAGUGUUUAUUUUCUGUAGUAAGCUACACACAUAUUAUAUCAGUUUACUUUUCAGUAAUACCACUUUUGAAAUAUCUAAAAUUACAUUUUUAGGGUGAGAAGAGAAAAGAGCCCUUCAUGCUGCACUCAGAAUCUCCCAAAGGAACACUUCUUCGGAAAAAAAUUGAAGAAUUCAAUUCAACAACAACUGGUCUUAUAAUGACUAUGGUAAGAACAAAUAAUAUUCACCUGUUGUUAAAUCAGAAUAAUGAUCUGUCUCUAGUUAAUAAAUAAUAAUUUCUAAGAAUCUGAUGUCAGUCCAAUUUUGAAGAAGUGAAGAUAGUAAGCACACGCACCAAAAAGAUAACUUUUUAUAAAACUAAAUAUAUUAUGUCUUACAGAUUGCAUGUCAACAGAUUUCUGUGACCGAAAGUCACACAACUGUAACAAAUUCUCUCUCCAAUGCCUGUAUAGAUGCUACACAGGGUUUGCACAGGUUAAAUUUAUAUGGAAAACCUGCCUGGAAAGUCAUGAAACAGUAAGAAUUUCACUUUUCAGGUCUGGAUUGAAAUUAUUAUAAUAAUAAUAAUUGGUCCUAGAAAUUCAUGGACUCAGAAUUUUUUCCUUUUUUCCAUGCUCAUGACAUGUUGAUCACAUUAUCUCUCACUUCUUCACCGAGCUUUGAAUUUACCAUCAUCCUUUAUUUAUCAUACACAUGAUGAUUUUUCCAUUGCUGAUCCUAGCAGUACACAGGACACAUUUUAUACAUUGAUCAAGCACACCUUGUAUGUAACCCAGCUUGCCUCAAAUCCUUCAAAGCUCACUGGUUAGAGCAUCUGACCAGUGUGCAGAAGGUCAUAGGUUCAAUUCCUGUCAGGGACUCAGACGUUUUCUUUGUCCCAUGCUUGUGACAUGUUGAUCACAUCAUUUCUCAUGGAAAAUUAUAGUUAUGUUUGGUAGAUUAGUUACUGAAGAUGUCAAAGCAUGGACGAUGUAAGAAUUAGAUAGAGACAAGAAAUAAGCAGUGUGAGCGCCGUACAUUUUGGCAAACAACAGAGGAGGAGAGUUUUGAAGAUUUUUGAAAGUGACACUGAAACCUAAUGUCAUGGAAAGCUAGAAAAGGCCAUGGAAAGUCAGUGAAUCUGUAGAGCUCAAAAGAGUAUGAACCCUGGUUACAUCAUGGAUAUUACAACCCAUAUUGACAUAAUAUUGACAGCUUAAUGUAUUCAAUGUUACAAUGAAUUUAAAAAAGAACAUUAUUUUACUAGAGGGGUUUUCUUGCCAUGCAUACCAAUAUUGACAGCUUAAUGUAUUCAAUGUUACAAUGAAUUUACAUUUUACUAGAGGGGUUUAGAUGCAUACCAAGGCUUUAUACGGGUACACAUGAACCUAAUACGCCCAAUCAACAUCAUCGCAGGGGAGAGACCACUGUCAAUAUUCGAGACAGUCGGAGGACAGAAAGAAGAUGACCAAAAGGUCAGUGCAUAGUCAUGUGUUUACUAUGUGUAGUUUAUGUGACUUUGCUUUGUUCCUUGCAAUUAACAGGGCAAUUUGUACAGUCUUAUCCUGCAAAAGUACUGGUGUACCCAUUUAAUUGAUAGAAGUGUGUUGAUUGUUAUUUGACUUACUAUUUUUGUCGUUUAGAAAACUCAGCGCACCUCAUUUUUCCUUCCGCUUGGAACAGUGAAAGCACUACAUGUGACAAGUGAAACUACAGUUCAUGAGGUAAUUCCAUUGAAACAUGGCUUUAGAGUUGAGUUUAUACACUAUAAAGUUGCCCAGAUAAGGGCCGGUCUUGGGGUUUUUAAAUAACUGAGAAGAAAGUGCUGCCUUUGUAAAGACAUCUGAAAAUAGUUAACAUUAAUUUUUUCAAAAAAGAAUUAAUUAAAAUUAUGAUAAUAUUGUGGACUAUUCAAAAUGUUGGUAAAUUAAAUGAUGCAUGCAUUACCUUUUAGAAGUGAAAAAAAAAAGUGCUGUAGGUGCAGGGCUGUCACUAAGAGCUGGGGCCUGAUUUUCCCCGGCCACCUUUUAUGAACAUGGUCCUUGGCUACUUUAAUAUUAAUAAGAAAUUCAAGGAAAAUACAGUGUAAAACCAAAAAAAUUUACUAGCAGUUCAAUUCUCCACCACAAAUAAUACCUAGCAACUUGAAGUCUUGGCAACAGCCUUGUAAGUGUCAAAAUGAAAGAAAAAAAAUCUCAUGGUGAGCUCUACCAAUCUGGGCUACUAUAAACUGCCACUUAACCCUUUAAGCCCCAAUAUCCACAAGCAAAUUCUCCAAACUGAUCUCCAUACAUUUCUUUAAAAAAUACAUUGAGAGAAUUUGAGAAAAGAUCAAAGCAUUUUCUCUUUGGUGAUCAUUUAAUUAAUUCUCAAAACCUAAUCUCUUGACAUUGUACGGAUAUCGUUUAAUAGGAGAAAAUUGAUGUUGGUCACUAUUGGAACUUAAAGGGUUAAAUAUAUUGGGUUUUAGGAGGGCUUAUAAAUAGAGGGGCCCACAUCUGAGGGGGCUUAACACUGAAAUAGAAAAAUUGUUUCAAAACAAGCUAGCAGUGCUGAUCGAUCAAAAUACAUUGUGCAGAUACUGUUGGGUGUUUUUUUCUUAACGAAGCAUCAAAACAUCAUAUGGUAAUAAAUCAUUCAUUCCAAUACGCUGCAAUUAGAACUAGCUUGAGGGGGCUUAAUUAUUAUUGGAUAUAACAGGAGUAAAAUACUAAAACUAGACAGCGUUUUUCGAAUGCUGUGAUUGGCUGCUCAAACUUGGGAUAUCCAGUAGUGCUAUAUUCACCUGCAAGCGAAAGCCAAACUCACAUAGGUUACAAGCAAAAUGGCUUCCCAGUUUUCUGCCAUAACAAAUGAAGAAAGGUCACAAAAUAAUCAAAGAAACGGUUCCCCCAAAACAUGAACAAGGCAAUGAAAUUCAGUUUGAAAGUUUUUAAUACAGGUAAAGCUUUGUUUGUUUCAACUAUAAAUUUAUCUAUGAAACUGUGGAAAAGGGUUUUUUUUUACAAAAUAAUGCAAAUUAAGUCUUACAUUACUUUUUUUAGCUGACAUGUUAAUGAAUAAGCUCAAAACUGGUUUUUUUAGAGAAUGGUUUCAAGUGCAGAAGGAAUUCACAACUCUUUCCCACAAGAGCUAAACAAAUGCCUUUAAAAGUUUUAUUUGUUGGCAAGAAAACGGGAUUGCUGUUAGGUCAUUUGUGUGCCAAAAUUGUAAAAGUUAGCUGCAUAAUGAGUAAAAAAUCAUCAUAAUGAGCUUUUUUUCAGAUAAUAUGAAAGGCCAAUUCAAUAAUCGUUUUAUUAUUCAUUCAAAAUAUUUCCUAGUUUAAAAACAAGCUAAAACAUGCUACCUCCAUUGAUGUUAAGUUCAUCUUCGAUAGUGCAUGUUUAUCGGCAAGUGUAGGAGAUAAAGGGUUGUUCAGUUCUGCAAAUGUUCUCGAAAUUAAGCAGAUGUCAUCCAUCGAGUUGUCUUCUUGUUGUUCUGCUGUGUAUUUAGCCAAUAGUUUGCCUAUUUCUUCCUUGUGUAACAAGUGAAAUGUUCCACCAUUUUUGUAACACCACCAAAACAACUCAACCUCAUCCCCAGGUCUUCUCGGUUAACGGUUCAAUAAUCUGGCAAUUUUGCUGCAUGGUUGACAUCAUCAGUUCACAUAUUACAAAAUUCUUCCAAAUUUGGUCAACAAUAGUUGGUAAUGAUGAAUCAUGCAUAGCAUUUUUAAGGGCAGAUCUAGGGAGGGUACAGGGGUACACCCCCCGAGAUGAACUGCGGUUUUCUAAUACAACUGGUAUUCUACAAAAAAAAAAACUAUGUGGUUUAUUGGUGUUGAAGUAGAGCAAGAGAAGAGUGCACCCCCUCAGAAAAAAAUUCCUGGAUACGCCCCUGGUUUUAGCCAAUCAGAUACCGAGAAAUAUUUUGAAUGAAUAAUAGUAUAAUUGUGAUGUAUUUUUUGGGGGAGCCUAUAACUGGGAGGAGAGUUGUGAGUUGUGACUUUGAUGUACAUAGUAUCCUUAAGCUUUUGUUUUGUCUUUGAAGGUGAUUGUGGCUCUCUUGAAGAAAUUUAAGGUGGCUGACAAUCCAAGAAAAUUUGCAUUGUUUGAGUGUUACCAAGAAGAAGAUAAUCAUAGUAAGAUAUUUUCCCCAUGUUGAUAAUUUUUGAUAAGCAUGCAAACAAGAAAUACUAAUUUAUUUUAUGUGUAAUCUCCUACAUACAUUAGAAUGUAAAAAAUAAUGUUGUGUACUAAAAGAAAACGCACACCUCUAUUAAUUCAGCAUUGAAAUUGUGUACUUCUUUUGUCAUAAGUCUUUAACUUACUUAAAGACAUGAAUUUAUAAGUUUCAUUAAUUAGUAAUAUACAUGAAUGUAACUUCAUUUUCAAUAUUUUUGUUGUUUCCAUUGGUUAGUUCUUUUAAGCUUGCUGAUCAGUGCUAAAGGCUCUGUUGCAUAAUUUAUAGCAAGUUUUACAUGUACAGUAUGUAAGUAGGUAUGAGCAGUGUGUAAUACCGGUGUAGUAAGUAUUGCUAAAGAUAAUGUCAGUAUUAUUGCUUUUUCCAUUAUACCAAUAAAUUAUUGAUAUUAACCCUUUCCUGUCCUUCCUGGACCAUGCUAUGGAAAGAUAUAUGGUCACCCUAAAAACUCCAAAUUAUUGUGGGAUUUUAUAAAAGAAAUUUGAUCUUUGGAGAUUUUUUUCCUUUAGUCACUUUUAGAAGUCCCCGCAUGCCUAAACCUAACCCCGAAUAUCACAUUAUAAUUUUGUGCUUUGCAGUGAUCCUUCGCCGGAUGUCUGACUUAGAAAAGCCACUGGUGCUUAGAUUACUCUGGGGUGGAGCUGAUCUCAGGCAUACCUUUUCACUUCAGGAAAAUGAAACUGGAGAUAUCAUUGUAAGUGAUAAAUCUUUAAACUGAAUCUUUUGGAAUCCUCUGUAAUAAUAUUAUUAAUCUUGCCUAGUCUUUUUCUUAUCAACAAACAAAUUAAUAAAUGGUUUCAUACCGACAUUACAUUUAAACAUAAUAGUACACGAUUUUAGUGACCUACAAAAAGUUCAAAUUCCAAGGCUACAGUAACCAUAUUCCGGAUCAAACUGAAAUUUAGAAUGUGUUAUUUGUCCAAAAAGAGGGAAAAACUGGCUACAAUAAUUACUUUGAGAAACUUCUCACAAAUGUGAGGGAGAAUGUAAAUUGGUCUUUGGUACUUUGAUGAUACCAAGGGGUUUGGAGAAGUAAUCAAAAAGAUUUGCAGUAGACAAUACUAGUACCUCAAGCUAAGAAACUAAGAAACUGAUGUGCGGUAUUACCAGACGUGCAUAUUUUAAUAAUUAUUGUAGUUUAUUAUCAUUAUUAUUAUUCCCAGAUUGGCCGAUGCUACAUUUAUAGUUCCAUUCUUAAAAUUCAGCACGCUGUAUAUGAAUUUUGGUUCAGGGAAUUUUCCCCGUUUUUAUCUAAAUCUAAAAAUGGUUUUGUUAGCAACUUCAACGAGGGACAUCACACCAACUCUCAAACACAAAAAAUAUACAAGAUAAUAAUAAAAGCUAAAACUAAUAAAUUAUAAACUGCUAGUAAAAGAUAACCUAAAAGAGUUUACUUUUAGAAACAGAGAGAGCUUGACUGGUAACUGUUUCUUUCCGGAAUUUGUUCCAUUCUGUUAUUGUCCUGGGAAAGAAAGAAAAUCUAAAAAUAUUCUUCUGUCGUUUCAGUAUGAUUAAUUUACAAUCAUGGCUUCCUUGUGUUCUCCUUUCUCUAUUUGAAAUCAAAUUGUUUCCCCCUUUUGUUAUCUUGGAAACCAUAGCACAUCUUACACAUAACGGACAUCCUUGCGUAUCUACUAAUUGUUUCUAGUGUGUCCCACUUCAAAUCCAGCAGCAUUCCCAUCACACUUGCUUUUCGAUCAUAAUUUCCGGUGACAAAGCAAGGCCCCUUUUUGCUGAAGGAACUGAAAGACUGACGUGCGUGGCAGCACGAGCAUCGUUGGAUCUUUUUCUUUUUGUUGUUGCCUGAAGUGCUGCUUUAGCAUUCUCCAAUUCUUACGUCCUCUUGGUUUUCUGGCGAGUUCAGAUAUCCCAGUCGCUGGAGAGUAUGCUGCGUUGUGGGACUUUCCACAAGAGAAGCAAUGACAGCGACUUUUUUUCUUGGACUACUUGGAAGAUUUGCUCUCGUAGUGUCGACAGCUCGUUUUCGAGAGGUUCUGUUAGGAAAUGCUUCUCGGACAGCAUUAGGUGAAACAGGAACAUUUGAAGAUGCUUUUUUUUUCGUUUUCUGCCUUCUUUCUCGCUCUCUGUUUUGCUUUAUAAAGCCGCCAUUUUGGUUUGGAUGCUUUUCUUUCACGCUCUUGUUCUACAACAAUGCGAGGCCGCUUCUUUCUUCGUUCCUCUUUUCUAUCUUUAAGUAUUACAUCUUUGUUCUUCACGUAAAACCUUGCAUUAUAUUCUCGUUUCUUUUGUUUCUUCCUCUCGCGUGAUUCACGCAAUCGCUCAGCUCCAGUUUUUCCCAUGUCAGUAUCGAUAAAUGUUUAAAAGGUAUCUUGAGCAGGCCCUUUAUAUACAUGCCGACAGUGCACCGGUGCGGUGCACCAGUGCACUGCACCGGUAUUCGUACCUUUUUCUCACGCUAUUCGCGCAAUGACUUAGAUUCAGGGUUGCUCUGAUUUAAAGAACAAUUUUAAAUAAUGAUUGUUUGAAAGCAAACUCUUAACAUGCGUUUACUAUACUUAGUGAUGCGGAGAAAACGUUUACGUACGAAUAAACACCAGUGCACUGGUGCACCGGUGCACUGGUGCACCGGUGCACCGGUGCACUGGUGCACUGGUGCGCCGGUGCGCCGGUGCACUGGUGCACUGGUGCACUGGUGCACUGGUGCACCUGUGCACUGGUGCACUGGUGCACCGGUGCACUGGUGCACUGGUGCACUAGUGCACCGGUACACUGGUGUCGUAGUGCAAUUGACAAGAUGGCUUCCUUGGACUUGUAAUUAAGAAACUGAAACACGUUGCCUUUACCAACUAAAAGGAGGCUGCUGACGACUGUUGAAGAAGGAACGCAGAAUUCACAUAGUGUUCAUGUUAGAGCAAUCUCUCAGUUCUAUUUAAUGCCAAGCAACGCGCUGCAGAAAAAGAUUUUUUGAUUAACAUGACAUCGGCGCUUGCUGUUUUGGACGCCCAAUAAGAAAUCAAAAACGCGCGAAUAAUGACCUUGAGCUGUACUGUACUCACUGAAAGAAGGUAGGAGGAAGAAGUCCUUUUACUGUUCUUUUCAAAUGUUGGAAAAAAACAUGGCUAGAUUAGUAAUAUAGGUGCUCGGUGCACCGAUAGUUAACACUAGAUAACUAUAAUUGCUACGCACAGAAGAUGGAUAAUGGAUGUUUUCAGUCCGUUUAUUUCUUAAUUUUUGUUUUACGGUUUACUACUGACACCCCUUUAACGUGAAAGACAUCACGAUGAAACCACUUAAAUACUUUAAUUUGACCUGUGCUUUUCUAGUAGCAGUAAAACUGAAUUUUUGUGUUUGAAAUCAGUAGAGUCUACACUGUAAUUGAACACCAUACACAUAGCCUGUACCCGUUCUAGAUCGGCUUUAUCUUUCUGGUCGUGCAGGUCCCAGGCACUACAGGCCAAGUAUGAUGUGUGUGGUUUCUUUCUAUAAAGUUUUUUUCUUGGAGAGGGGGAAGGAGGGGGUGGAUAAUACAUGUUUGUCACCCCUUCCACUCCUGGGUAUUAAUGACCACUUCCCUAAGAAAAACCUGUACUUCAAAUGGCAGGUUUUAAGUUCUAUUUAGUUAACAGUCAGUCAGGGUAUAAAUGCCAAUGUUUCACUUUUUAGUGGGAAGGUUUCUCAAUACCUGAGCUCCAGAAUUUCAUGAAAAUACUGGAUAAAGAAGAAGAGGAACACAUAACACAGGUGUGUCAAGCAUUCAGUGUUAAGCAAGACAAGUUGUCAAUUGAAAAACCAACAACAAAGAAUCUUUUAACUCGAAGACUUUGCAUGCCAGAGUUGGCAACUGUUUUACUUAAUUCUGAAGCAGCAAAAACCAAAUUCAAGUACUGCUAUAAAAAGUUAGUACUUGUAACAUUGAAGAGGUUUAGUUUGAUUCAUGCAAGUCUCAUAGUAUGUUUUAUAAAAUAACCAAGAUAGUGCGCGCAUUCUGAUUGGUUAAGAACCUAUGGUUUAUUGUGCCGGUAAACUCAUAGCUUGCCUACAGUUAUUUUAUAAAAGCAAUAGACCACACUUUCUUUUAUUAUAUCUUUUAUUGUUUUGUCUAUGAUUACUACGAUGGGACUUUCAAAUUCUGCAGACAUGUGCUCUAUCUGCGACAAUGUUCAUUUUGCAACAUAAUUCUCAGACUGUUGAAUCUUAGUAUUUUUCAAAUUAACUAUUAUUACUAUUAUCAUUAUUACUAUUAUUAUUAUUAUUAUUGCUAUAAUUUUUUUUGUGUUUGUGUGUGUGUCCCACAAUUAGGUAGAAGAAAAGUACCGAGUUUACAAAGAGAGAUUGCAGAAAGCUUUGGCCCUUUCACAAGGUAAAACACCUGCAGAGGAAUCUAUUGGAGAACAACGCCCACCGACAGACAAUUAUGUAGAGGGUGAAAAACCAUCUGAAGAGAAAGCUGAACCUGAAGAAGAUCUAGCUAAUGAUGAAAGUGUGUGUUGAAGAAUGUGUUGUAAAAGGUAUAGAAGUGUUGGGAGACAGUGCAUUUUGUGAAUUCAGUAUAGGGUUACUUAGUAAUGCAAGAGUCAAUAAUCCCAUACUGUAACAAAGUAAGGGUCUGUGGGUUAGCAAUCAAGCAACAGAACAUGGACAAUCUUGGGGCGGAUCCAGGAUUUAGUGGAGGGGGGCUCGCAUAAUAAAAUGUCUGACAAAGGCGUACCAUCCUAGGAUGUUCCCGGGGAAAUUCUCACCCUUAAAAUUUUGAAAUUUAGUUCCUCAGAAACCAAAGCUUUUUGUCAAAAACCGCUAAUGUUUAAACGUUUUCAUUUCAGUUAAGUGGGUUUAAACGAACCACCCAAACCACCCCCUGGAUCCGCCCCAACAAUCAUGAGCCUGAUUUGUAAUCAUGCCAUGACCAACAAAUAUUCCUACUAGGGGAAGACCUAAGUGUGUCGGAACUUUGUGAACACUUUUUGGCCGCUCCUCUGAGGACCAGAAACCAAACAGGGAGAAAAAUAAUGGAACGUAAUUGUUUAACAUAAUAGUUUUUGAUCUUUAUCCGUGAUAAAUGAAAAAGGUGUCCCAUAAAACGUUUUUGUACUAGCAGUAAGAUACUAGAAACCUUAGUUUCUUAGUCCCAGGAUUACUUACAAUUGUAUCCAAUUAGAUAUGUUUUGAUUUUCACAAAAUGUCAAUCUCUGACUGACCUAGCCACCCUAAUCUUUACUCUGCUGGAAGCAUAGAGAGGGGAUCCUCUGAAGCUAAUCCAUUUUACAGGUGGAAUGUAAGAUUCACUUUGAAAAUGUACUAAUGGCUGCAUUGAGACAGCUUAAAAAAACAUCUAGUGGAGGUAUAACAUUGAUAUUAUUAAUCUUUUAUAGGCCAACGCAAUGCCGGCAAAGUAUGUAAAAAUAAUGUAUAGUUACGUCAUACUAUGCAUCCAUUCAAUAUUUAUAGACAUGCUGUAACAAUUUCCAAAUUAAUGUGUUAGUUAUAAAACUGACCAAAAUAUUUUGGAAAAAAAAAACGUCUUGGAAGGCUUUUACUUGACUGUGUUACGUACAUUUUGUACAUACAUUUACAGCCAUGUGAUGUUGAUCAAUUUUGUGUUUUUUAACAUAUUAAACAAACGUCUUUUUUAUAAAGAGAUUUUUUAUCUUACCCUCUCUUGUUUAGAACAGAUUUCUUUAAGUUUUGGUCAAAGUGAGGCGGAAGUGUACACUGACGCCAAGUAAUCUUCGUGGAUAUAAAGUUGCUCCUUAAGUCAUACUGAAGCGCACAAGAACCAUUACAUUUUCUGGACAAAGGUUUUAACCGGGAUCUGUUAAUGAUGACUAGUUUUGUCUCAAAAAUUAUUAGAUUUAGCAACCUGAAACCCUAGAUCCCUUCCAGGGCUAACGUUUAAAAUACAGUCAUGUAAAUACAGAUUCCAAAUUAUUAAUCUCUAAUUUUGUAUGGUACAUAAUGAUGUAAGAAUGUGAUGCAAGU